GAUAGGGUUAAGGCAUCUAUAGCAGGUCAUGCAGAGUACGCAAUGUGAUGGUGAGAAACUGGUAAUAAAAUAAUACACAUGUUAAUAAGCAACUAAUUAUUAGUGAAUAGUGUUUCAUAAUUUAAUAUGCUACCUUUAUAUCUGUUUUAAUGAAGCUCGAAUGGAACAUUUUAAUUGUCAGUUUAAAAAUACCAUGUAAGGAGCAAUCGACCACGGGUCGUUGAAUUAUUAAACGAAUAACGCGAGCGUGUGUUAUUUUUCUUAAGAGGCGUUUUAUGCAGCCUACCAUCAAAAGUCGCAACCAGUUUAAUACAACGUUUUUAACGGGAGUCUCGGGGAGCUCUGUAAUAUCUGAACGACAGAUACACGAAGUAUGUCUUCACGUAAACAUGCAGUUAGAUUCAGACUUAAACGGCUCUCUUGCUUAUCAAGAUUCAAGACAUUUCCUCCCCAGUGCCCUGCUUGGGAGGAGGAGUCAAAAAAAUACAAAUUCAAAACAAUGCCCAUCUCUCCUUUAAAAGGCACUGCCAAAAAACCACAGCCAGGUUGAUUUUUUUGGCAGCCUAAUCUAGUCACCAUGAGUCUUUCCGCAAAGGACAAACUGGCCGUGAAGACCUUCUUCGGCAAAGUCGGCGCUAAGGCGGAGGACAUCGGCAGCGAUGCUCUGGCCAGGACUCUGUUCGUCUACCCUCAGACGAAGACCUACUUCUCCCACUGGGCAGACCUGAGCCCCGGCUCCCCCCAGGUGAAAAAGCAUGGUCUGACCGUGAUGAACGGCGUCCUCAGCGCCGUGGAGCUGAUCGAUGAUCUCAAGGGGGGUCUGCUCACCCUCAGCGAGCUUCACGCCUUCAUGCUUCGCGUGGACCCCGCUAACUUCAAGAUCAUCAAUCACAAUCUCCUCGUGGUGCUCUCGCUGAUGUUUCCUGAAGACUUCACUGCCGAGGUGCACGUUUCUGUGGACAAGUUCCUCGCUCAGGUCAGCCUGGCUCUGUCCGAGAAGUACAGAUAAAGCCGACCCUGUGUUCAUCUCCGACGCGACACUGUAUUCGCCUUAACGAGGAUGAAAAUAAUAAAAUUGAAUGUGUAAAAUCAA